UGUUGUUCUCUUUGAUAUUAAACACCAUAACAUAAAUGAAAUAAUUGUGUGACUAUGAUUAACUUGUGUUUUGGAAAUAUAUUUUCUACAACACAACCCUUUGUGAGAUGUAUAUGUUCAGAAAAAGGAAGUCAGGGAAAUAAUUCAGUUUUGCCAGUUGUGAUCAGUUUUUUUUUUAAAUAUAUAUAUAUAUAUAUCUCCCUGAGCAAACACAAAAACCUUGUUAAAAGUUAUAAAAGCGUUUUGUGUUUGCUGGGUCCUUAUCAGUAAUCUGGGUCUGGGAGUGUUACUUUCAAACAGUAUUUUAAGACAUUUACAGUUUUACAGUUUAUUUUUAAUCUCGUUGUAUUUUUGUGCAUGUUUGCCAAUGUGAAUUGUUGCAAAGCAGAUUUAUAAGAAACAUAAUGCACAAAGUCUAAAGUACUAAAAACUAAUAUUUGCAUUUUAAAGUGUUGAUUUUUUUCUCUCCUGCAGUGGAUAUACAAUUUUGCAUAAACUACUGACAUCUAUUCUUAGCUCCUAUUGGCUACUUUCAUUAUCUCCCAAUGUUCUUCCGAUACAAGUCAUGCAUUUCAAAAUUUCAAUUUUUGAUACAUUUUUUCUUUGGUAAAGAAACGCUUACGAAAAGUCACCAUGUAUUUUGUGGUAAAAGCACAGUGUGUGUGUGAGUGUGAUGAUAGCUGUCACACACACCACGCUUUUAUACACACAGAGACGCAUGCGUGCGGGCUGUAAUCUCAGUGUAAUCUCUAUCCUUCAGAAGAUGGCGGGUCAUGUCAACAUGUUCAAAAUAAACAAGCUGCAAAGAAACCGAAUUGCUGUGGAAUGUUGGGAAUGCCGGAGAGAAGGCCUCCGCCCUGUUGUGCGCUCCAACACUCUUCCUGCUUUAACAUGACUGAACAGAACAAAAGGUCUUCUCAACACACUGUCAGCUCAACUCUCCAACGUGUCAUCUGAGUUUUAUUCGAGCUCCUUGCUGAGAUGAGUGACACCUGUCUGAUGACGUAGCUCCGCCCUCUUUCCAGCAGCAUGUUGGUGUCAUACGGUAAUCACGGGCGAGCUUUCAGCCUGAGGGGUGUGGACCCGGAGACGUGUAUGAUCGUCUUCAGAAACCACUGGACACAGGUCCUGCGGAUCUUGGACAAGCACGACCCGGGUCGCGGUGUCUCUCUGUCGGGCGCUCAGCGCUUCGGGCCGAUCCCUGGGGACGAGGCGAGCGCGGUGCAGAACUAUGUUGAACACAUGCUCUUCAUGUUAAUGGAGGAGGAGCAAGGACACGGCGGGGCCAUGGGACCCAUCCUGGAGUUCGUGGUGGUGGAGAACGUGAUGGAGAAGCUGUUUCUGUGGAGUCUCCGGCGAGAGUUCACCGACGACAUGAAGCUGGAGCAGCUGCGCAUGUACGAGAUGCUGCUGACGCGAGCCAAACAACCUCUGCUGCAUCACAAGCCCGUCCUGAAACCUCUGAUGAUGCUGUUGUCCGCCUGCUCCAGCUCCUGCACCGCUCCAGGGAAACACACCUGCUCCACAGGUGGAGGCGGGGCGACGGUGGAGGCGGAGCUUGUGUCUCUGCUGCAUCAGCUGUGUCGCGUGCUGGUGAAGGAAGCGUCCGUUCUCGAGCUCUUCUUUCACGGCAGCGAGGAUCAAGGAGCCGCCAACUUCCUGUUAUUUUCUCUUCUCAUUCCGUUCGUUCACCGUGACGGGACGGUCGGCGCUCAGGCCAGAGACGCUCUCACCCUCAUCAUGAACCUGUCGUCUCAAAACCACCUGGUGGCCAAACACAUCGCAGAAAGCACGUACUUCUGUCCGGUGUUGGCUACUGGUUUGAGUGGUCUGUAUUCAGGUCUUCCAGCUAAACUGGAGGUGUACAGUGACAGCUGGUUCUGUCUGGAGAGAAACGACUGGCUGCAGGUUCCAGAACUCUUUCAAUUCCUUAACUCACUGAAGUUCUGCAGCACCGUGUGUCAGGCGGCUCACCCAUCUAUCAGAGAUCAGCUUCUGGACUACAUCUAUAAUGGUUUUCUUGUGCCCGUCAUGGCUCCUGCUCUUCAUAAGUUGACUUUGGAGGAAGUGAUGACAACGACCGCCUAUCUGGAGCUGUUCCUGCGGAGCAUACGUGAGCCCGCCCUCCUCCAGACAUUCCUCAUCUUCAUCCUCACACAUCGCCAUGACAGUGUCAACAUCCUGGACACACUGGUCAGUCGAAUCAACACACCGUUUCAGUUGGGUACCGUUUCUCUGGCUCUGUUCCGCACUCUGAUUGGUCUGUAUUGUGAAGAUGUCAUGCUGCAGUUAAUUCUCAGAUAUCUGAUUCCCUGCUCUCAUCUGCUGUGUGGUGAAAAAUUGAGACUGACAGAGAGAGACUGUUACUCCGUCAGUGCGUCUGCACUUCUCUCUCUCACGCCGUCAUUCUUCAUGAAUGAACCCAGGUGCUCUUCAUCACAGCCCCCCAAACCCGACUACAUCCUCUGGUCAAAGGUCACAGAGGGGCUGCUGAGGGGCAACACGAGUACGGAGGACCUUUUUUCGUGCGGGGAUAGUGUGGGAUGUUCUCUUGUGAACGCUUCAGAGCCUCUGAUGGAGAAGAACUACCUGGAGUAUCUGUGUGAUGCCCGCAGGGUCAUCUGUGCCAGCGUGCAGGCGUGCAACGUUUGGUCAGCCCCGUACGAUGGGCUCAACCCAUCUCCAGACGAAUGGCGUGAGGAUGAGGAGGAGAAAGAGGAUCAGGAGGGUGUUCCUUCUCAGAUGCCCACCCCCCAGCCACCCUCUGACGGUGAGCGGGUCGAGCUGGAGUGGGACGAUACGUACGACGCCGCUCCGGACGAGCACGAUCGGGACCGCCCCGCUCUGGAUGAGCCCCCAAAACACAUCCAGGAGAUGCGAAAAAGCGCUAUCAUGUUGAUCGAAGGAUCAUAUGUCGAGGAAUCAGACUUCCAGGAUGAUGUGUUGGUUUAUAAUCUAAUUGCACAAAAAGACGCACAAGAUGACCGCCGAACAUCCAUCCAGAGCACGAUACAUCACAACUGCGCAAACACCACACGCAAACAAACUGACAAUAACCAGAUGUACGACAAUACACAAACACACAAUCAUCGUGCGUGCAGACUCUCUCCAAACGCUCACGUAUGUUUGCACGAAUCGGAAGCCGUAGAGUUGACAGCACGUCCAGGACCACAGACGUCCAACGGACACACUUCUGAAGAACACAAACCUCUCACUGUUGAGCAACAUCAGAUCAAGCCGAUCUCAACUUCAUACGACAGCGAUGACUUCAUCUCUCAAUGCCUGAAGCUCAUACGACAUCAGGGAGGAGAAGAAGAGAGCAUGUCGAACAAUGACGAACACCUCCAGAGACUGUGCAUGGUACUGCAUGGAGGAGAGGAGGAUGUGGACAUCAGUGCCUUCUGUGAUGAACACGAAGAUGAAGAGCUGAACACAACCUGCAAAGAAAAACAAGGAGUUCCAUUUACAGGUCCGUUCAUCAGUGUGUUGUUGUCUCGUCUGGAGAGUUUGUUGGAGAACUCUAUCGAGGUGAAUCUUCUGCUUACUGGAAUAUUAGCUCAGCUGGCGUCUUAUCCACAACCACUGCUGAGAGGAUUCUUACUCAACACCAGACCGGUGGUUCAGCCCGCCAUAACAUCUCUCUAUCAGGUGCUGGUGUCAGUGAGGUCUCAGAUAGAACAGUACACAACAUCCAGACCUGAUUUUACUGAGCUGAUCCGUGAAGCUGCCCGGUACCUGCUCCUCAAAGACCAGAUCCUGCAGGAGCGAGAGCGAGAUGCUCACCUGCAGGAAAAGGAGGCUGGCUUGUUUCUGAACGGCCGUAUCUCGUCUCGUCUCUGUAAACCUCUUCCUCCGUGUCCCAGAAUCCCGGCGCACAUGCAGAGUAAAGUGUUCGCCGUCAUUCUCUUCUCUGAGUUCCUGAAGGAGCUGGCAGCCAUUGCACAAGAGCACUCCAUAUUACCAUACGAGUUACACAUUACACAAACAUAAGCGUCUCAUUUAUAACAGAAAAAGUUGUCAGAAAACUGAUCUAAGAUCAGGCAUAAAUGUUUAAAAUUAUGAAUGUUCAAAAAAGGACGAUUUGUGGGGAUAUGUACUUGGACAUCACUGCACUUAUCAAAUGAAACAAUGUUUUUGCUGCAAACUUGUACCUGCUUUUUUAUUUUUCUACUUUUUUUAUUGAACAAUUCUAUUAACGGAACACUGUUAAAAUAAUAAAAAAAUAUAUAACAAUAA